GUAUGCAUGUUAUGCAAUUGGUAAAGAUGUUCAAGCAAUGAAAGCUGUAGUCGGUGAAGAAGCUUUAAGUGCAGAAGAUCUACUCUAUUUAGAAUUUUUAACAAAAUUUGAGAAAAACUUUAUUACUCAAGGUGCAUAUGAAAAUCGUAGUAUAUUUGAUUCAUUAGACAUUGGUUGGGAAUUACUGCGUAUAUUCCCAAAAGAAUUAUUGAAACGUAUACCUGCAAAAAUAUUAGAAAAGUAUUAUCCACGUUAAAAUGCGCGCACACACAUGGGGGAACACAAGCUCAGUGAACACUGUCUAUCCAUCGUAGAUGUUGUCAGCCAAGACAAGUUAUUAAUAUUACUAUUAUUAUUGGCAAAGUCAUUUUGUAGUAUGUUUCUUUUUUUCUCUCAAAAAUUUUCAAGCAUUCCAAAAUUGUUUUCUUCGGUACUUGUAAUACUCUAGAAUCUUGUCCUUUUAUUCCCUUAUUUACCAAAAUCAAUAAUUACACUGUGAUGAUUACUCUCUCUCUCUGUCUCUCAUCUUUCUACCUUUUUUAUCUCCACGACUGAGUGACUGACCCAAGCGACCGCCCUCCUCGCGCAGUCUAUCAUGUUUCUCUUCACCUUUUUUUUCUGCGUUUAUUUAUUCCCUUUUUUUUUGUCGUCAAGAUGAAAAGAAUGGGUUCAAAGCAUAAUAUUAUUAUUAUCUUGAUAUAUAUUAUUUAUUUAAAGUUAUGAAAAAGUCGUAUUGGUGGUGGUGGUGGCGCUGGUGCUGCUGCUGGGGAGGGUUUAUGGGAGGGAGAGGGAGUCUUAUUUAUUAUUAUUAUUAACGUUGUCUGGAGUUAUUUUGUUCUCUUUGUUUUCUUUUCUUUUGAUUUCAUCUGUAUAUUUCUACAGGGUUGUCUCUUCUUUGAAUACUUUAAAGAUAAAAUAAAAU